AUGCACUCACUUAAAAGACGGAUGCUGACAGUUAGACUUAGCGAGGUUCCCAAAUCCUCGUCGUUCACCAAAUUCAUUAAACCCGAUGCUCGCAUAGAAACCACCGAUGUAGCGUUGGAAAACAAAGACAACAUCAUUCACCGGCCACGGAUUCUUCAAUUUGGAGGCUUCUCGUGGUCCUUACCUGAGGAGCGUAAGGAAAGCAGGCUUUUGACGUGGAGUCCUCGUGCAAUUGAGGACCUUGGAUUGGACCCUAAAGACCCGGAAACAAAAGAGUUUCAAGAGAUUGUUUCGGGAGAAUUGUAUUUGAAGGACAAGGAGUUUUUACAAAAGGGAUAUCCGUUCCCUUAUUCCCAGGCGUAUGCUGGGUGGCAAUUUGGCCAAUUUGCUGGGCAGCUUGGCGAUGGCAGGGUGCACAAUUUAUUCGAGAUAAAUAAGCCUAAAGGUGAUGGCGAAAACCGCGAAGUGUAUGAAAUCCAGCUCAAGGGUAGCGGAAUGACGCCGUUCUCUCGUUUUGCUGACGGAAAAGCUGUGCUUCGUUCGUCUAUACGAGAGUAUAUCAUUUCUGAGCAUCUCCAUACCAUUGGAGUUCCCACCACCAGGGCACUUUCGCUCACCUAUCUCCCCCAGACUUUGGCCCAGAGGCACAGGGUAGAGAAAUGUGCCAUAGUGUCGAGAUUUGCCGAGCUGUGGAUUCGUUUGGGUACCUUUGAUUUGUACAGAUGGCGUGGAGACCGUGGGGGAAUUAGAGACCUCUCCGACUAUGUUAUCAACCAACUCUUUACUGUCAACGGAAAGAAGUUUCACAAUCUAGAGAGAACCCUUCAGAAUGGUCCUGACUUUUUCUCGCAAGCUUCAGAGUCGUUGGGCAAUUUGACAGAUUACGACAAGAUGUACUUGGAGACGGUUGUGCGCAAUGCCUCGACUUCUGGUAAGUGGCAAGUGUAUGGAUUCUUGAAUGGAGUUCUCAACACUGAUAACACAUCGAUUCUCGGACUCUCGAUGGAUUUUGGACCGUUUUCAAUCAUGGAUCGUUAUAAUCCUGAUUACACACCCAAUUCAGAAGACCAUGAUGAGCGCUACAGCUACAAACACACACCGACUGCCAUCUGGUGGAAUUUGACAAGACUCGGGGAAAAUUUAGCGGAACUUAUUGGCGCUGGCGAAGAACUUAUUAACGAUAGUCAUUUCAAAAACGAAGGAAUAAAGCCCGAAUGGGAAGACCAGAUUAUCAAACGAGCAACAAAACUCAUUGAGGUGGCUGCGGAUAUCUAUCAAUAUGCCCAUACUGUCAGUUAUAUGAACGGUUUUUACAAUCGUCUUGGAUUGAACACGAAAUUGAUCAACAUUCUGCUGCCCGAAGAACAACGUCAGAAACUUAUAGUGCCCAUGCUCGAUAUGUUGAAGGAACUCGGGUGCGAUUUCAACCGGUUUUUUGUGAUUUUGCAGGAGCUGGGAGUGGUUACAAAAGAGCCCAAGCAGGUUGCUGAGUUCAUUCUACCAUAUUGCAACUACAACGAUGUCAAGUAUAGUAAGGACGAGGUUACGGAAAUGAUAUCCAAUUGGGUUCAGGUGUACCACGAGGAACUUGAGAAGUCUGAGAAACUUCAACAAGGAUACUACGAAACCAAUGUCAAAUCUUACAAUCCAGUGUUUCUUCCACGAAAUUGGAUUUUGGACCAAGUCAUAGAAAAGACAGAAGAGAGUGAAGGAAAGGAUUUGAGUUAUCUUAUGAAAUUGCAAAAAAUGAGUUUGAAUCCAUUCGAUGAGAGCAAAUGGGGAGAUGAACUUAAAGAGGUGGAGAAGACUUGGAAGGUUCAAGACCAGGGCGAUGAGUAUGCCAUGUUGCAGUGCAGCUGUAGCAGUUAA